AUGUCACGUUCGGAUUUAGGCACAGGGCAUUUCGUAGCAGGGAACUCGGAAUAUUCUCAUGGAAACGCCAACGUGCAGCAAGGUGAGGGCACGCAAUCACAUCUUCCCGCAGCUGCUUCACAUCCCAGGGACAGCCUACCAACCUGGAAAUGGAGGGCAUUACUUGUAGCCAAUGGUUUCCUAACCAUAAUGCAUGGAUACGAUGUCAGCAAUGUCGCCAAUAUCCAGGCAUCUAUUUACAGAGCUUUCGGGCAUAUCGAACUACUGUCUUGGGUUGCACUCGGCUAUUCGGUUUGCAAUAUCGCCUUGAUUCCCCUGGGCCGUAAACUUUUCAAGUUCGGAGACUUCAAGACGCUGUGUCUCGCAUCCAUGAUGUUCAUCAUUGGAGGCUCCGCCCUCUCCGGUGCUGCCCCUAAUAUCGAGUGUAUCAUCGCUGGACGUGCUGUGAUGGCCCUAGGCUCAAGCAUCAUAUACCAAGGGAUCCUGAGUUUUAAUAUCGUCUUUACCUACCCCCACGAACUUGGCCUUGUACAGGGUUUCAUCGGUGCUUGCUUUGCCAUGGGUCUGGUGCUGGGCCCGAUUAUCGGGGGCGCCUUUGCCAACAAUGGCCAUACUACAUGGCGAUGGGCAUUUUAUUUAGUGAUACCACUCUGUGUCAUUAGUUUGGUACUUCAAGCUCUUUUCUACCCUCGUUAUAGUAUGCCAACUACUAGAACAACAUGGAUGCAUAUCAAGGAGGUCGAUUGGAUAGGCAAUCUACUGCAUAUGGGAUCCUGUCUCCUCUUUGCAAUCAGCUGUACGUUUAUCGGGUCGACAGGGACUUGGGGCAUUAACUCCGGCAUCGCCACCUGGAUCCUUUUCACCUUCUUCGUGAUCACAUAUGUUCUACAACAGGCAUACAAUCUCGGCACAACACCCGAGAACCGCUUGUUAUCUCCUAGUUCGCUCCUUCACAACCGGACUAUCCUCCUCACUUGGAUCUGCACAUUUUGUGCCGCCGCGUCGUACGGCGCUACGUUAUAUUAUGUGCCCAUAUACUUCGCCUUCGGGCACGGGUUAGAUCCGCUUGCGGCGGCAACCCGACUACUACCCUUCGUUGGCGUUUUCAUAUUCACUAUUAUGCUAUGCGGCCGUCUACUUCCUACCCUCCGAUUUUAUAAAGCCUUCUUCGUCGUCGGAUCUGCUCUCCUUCUAGUGGGCGGGGGCCUGUUCCAGAUGUUAAGCACCGAUAUGUCUGAGUCAGCAGUCAUGGGCUUCGAAAGCGUUGUCGCCGCUGGGCUCGGCAUCCUCUGGCAGUUAGGGGUACCAGUAUGCACAACCUUCCUACCCAGCACCGAGGACCGCCUGGAUCUUGCUCUACUAAGCAACAUGGCGCAGUUAGGCGGCAUUGCGGCCUCGCUUUCUAUCGCUGGGAUGGUAUAUCAGAGUACGGGCUUCCAGUCACUAAAAGAUUCCGUUGGAGGCAUGGGGUUUUCCGAUGAGAGUAUCCGCGAGCUACUCUCGGGCGUUGAUUCGCCAAUCCUAAAGGAUGCUGAUCCGAAGGUACUACGAUUGGCCGUAAAAGCCAUCGUCGACGCUAUUAGGGCAUGCUUCAUCAUUCCGCUCACUGCCGGUUGUAUAUCGUUCCUUGCAGCCUGGAGCAUGAACUGGGAAGCUCUCGAGUUCAAUCAGUCCACUAGGCAACGACAUGUACGGCAAUCAGGUGAUACCCAGCUUCGUCAUCAAAGAUCUGAUGACGAAUUUCUAUUGGAUGAUCUGAAUACUCGAGGCGAGACUGCAGGUGGUGUGUUGAAUUCGCUCGCCUCAGUACAUAUUCGUGAUAAGAGAUAA